AUGGAGAACGAACGCGGCGAGCUCGUUGACCUCUACGUCCCCCGCAAAUGCUCGGCUACCGGACGCAUCAUCAGGGCCAAGGACCACGCCUCUGUCCAACUGAGCAUCGGCAAAGUUGACGAGAACGGCCGCUACACCGGUGACAACCAGGUCUACGCCAUCUCCGGCUUCGUUCGCGCCAUGGGCGAGUCCGACGACAGCCUUAACAGGCUCACACAAAAGGACGGCUUCCUCAAGUCCGUCUGGAGCGCGUCUCGUUAA